AUGAAGCAAGUGCGAGCCCCCCAUGGCCGCUGGCAGCAUUUCGAGGUAGGUGGUGUGCCUCGCAUCGCAAACAUGAUACAAGAUUGGAAGAAAGGAGGGUGCGAUGACCUUGAGAUCACCCGUCGUCUAAUCGAUCUGUUCUUUGUCUCUGUCCUCUUGGAUGCUGGUUCUGAGUAUGAGCGGAGCGAAGGCAUUGCAGUGGCUAGCUUACACAUGUUCAAUUCGCUGGCUUUUGCAGCGGAGAAGGAUGCGAAGACGCAUUUGGUUGACGGCAAGGGUUUAGAACAGCUCAAGACGGAUACACUGGAAAAAGGGUUUCAAGUUUCGGAUAGUAACCCAAUGCCCGGUGUUGACACUCGUGCAGGGCUGCUCCGGAGUUUAGGGGAAUCCUUACUUGCUCAUUCUGACGUGUUCGGUGCCGAAGGUCGCCCAGGAAAUCUUGAUAUCCUCCAGUCACUUAUCAUCCCUAUCUGGCCUAGCGAUCGCACAACCAUCGGCAGACACCCUAUCGGCGACGCAUGGCCAUUAAGUACUUUGCAGAAACAAGCCACGUCCUCGGAUUCCAAGGACAGCAGCGCAGAAUACAUUCAGCCCUUUCACAAGCUCACCCAGUGGCUUACUUACUCCCUAAUAGUGCCUAUUCAACGAGUCUUAGGCUUGCAAUGGACUAACACUGAGUUCCUGACCGCCUUAGCUGAAUACCGCAAUGGUGGUCUCUUCGUCGAUUUGGGAGUGCUGUCACUGAAAAAGGAGGUACUCAAUCGAGGCUUGAGAGCAUCUGGCGGGCAACUACCACUCUUCGAGGCAGGAGAUGAUGUUAUUGUUGAGUGGCGGGUCAUGACGUUGGUGCUGAUUGACAAACUGUACAGCAUGGUUCUAUCUCGGAUGAACGGAGUUGACUUGACCCUGGCACAACUACUUGAGGCCGGCACGUGGAAGUCUGGUCGUGAGGUUGCGACACGGCGUCGUCCGGAAACGAAAUCGAGCCCGAUUAUGAUCAAAAGCGAUGGUACAGUAUUUUGA